CUACAUCGGUAACAGCAGCAGCAGCAACAGCAACAGCAGCAGCGACUCCUCCAGCAACAUGGCUCAACCCAGGGUGAGUGUUUAUUACGACGAACCGGGCAUACACCAACAGCAACAGCAGCAACAGUACAUGGACGYGGUUGUCGGUGCGGCCGCCGCGGCCGCAGCCGGUAACGGCGUAGUGCCUCCAGGCGUAGUGCCCGGUGGUGGAGUGCCUGGUGGUCUUGGACUCGCCGGCACCGGCGGCAUGUACGACCAACACCAACAGCAACAGCAUCUCGCCCAUCGGGGCCUCCAAAAUAUGGCUGCAGCGGCAGCAGCGGCSGCCGCGGCCGCAGCCGCACAGCACCACCACCACCAUCAGCAACAGCAAGCGGCGCACCUCCAGCAACAGCAGCAGCAGCAACAGCAGCAGCAACAACACCCCGUGUCGGCCAUGUUCCAUUCGGCGGCCGCAGCCGCAGCGGCCGCCACACCGCCGAACCAUGUAUCGCCGGCCGCUGGCGGUGGUACGCCCGUCAACAACCACACAUCGGGUGGUGCGUCCGUGGUGGUGCCCGAAGCGCAAAAACGCGACAAGGAUUCCAUUUACGGGCACCCGCUGUUCCCGCUUCUGGCAUUAAUAUUUGAAAAAUGCGAACUUGCCACGUGCACGCCCCGGGAUCCAGGCGUAGCGGGCGGUGACGUGUGCUCGUCCGAGUCCUUCAACGAAGACAUCGCAGUGUUUUCUAAACAGAUACGUCAAGAGAAACCGUUCUAUAUGGCUGAUGCUGAAGUCGACUCAUUGAUGGUGCAAGCAAUUCAGGUGUUACGGUUUCAUCUAUUGGAGUUGGAAAAAGUUCAUGAACUGUGUGACAACUUUUGUCAUCGUUAUAUCAGUUGCUUGAAGGGAAAAAUGCCAAUUGAUCUCGUAAUCGACGAACGGGAUUCGUCGUCGUCAGCGUCCGCAGCAGCAGCUGGUGGAGGUGGUGGAAAGUCCAUGUCUGAACUUGGAGGCUUGGGCGGUCUAGGGGGCGCUACGAACGGCAAUAACGACGGACGUAGUAACGCGGAUUCAACAUCACACACAGACGGGGCGAGUACGCCAGACGUUAGACCACCUUCGUCUUCACUGUCGUACGGUGGACACGGGAACGAUGACCGAUCUCCCGGUUCAGGAGGCACGCCUGGUCCGAUGUCACAACAACCGGGAUCGCAGCAAAGUCUCGACCAUGGAGAUCCUGAAUUGGGUAAGUGUACAAUUAAAGUCGAUCAACGCUUUUACGGUGAUAAGACAUUCCGCGGAAAAUGGUGUCAAAGGCGAGAUUGGCCUCCACCACUAGACGCGCGAGCGGCAUCAGCUGCAGAAGCGGCGAAACGCGGUCUUCUGUAUCAAUCUGUGUUCCUCGGCGGUAGYCCAAAUGAUUACAACUCGUGUGAUGCGAGUAAUGCCAGUGUCGGCAGUGGUGAUGGUACGGGUGAGGAUGACGAUGAUCCCAGUGGUGGGAAAAAGAACCAAAAGAAAAGAGGUAUAUUCCCAAAAGUGGCCACAAAUAUACUCCGAGCGUGGUUAUUUCAACAUCUAACGCAUCCUUACCCAUCGGAAGAUCAGAAAAAACAACUUGCUCAAGACACCGGUCUGACUAUACUUCAAGUCAACAAUUGGUUUAUAAACGCUCGACGGAGAAUAGUGCAACCUAUGAUCGAUCAAUCUAACCGAGCCGUAUUCUCACCGCACGCUGGCCCCAGCGGAGCGUACAGCCCCGAGGCAGCCGGUCUCGGAUACAUGAUGGACGGACAGUCUCAGAUGCUCGCAGCGGCAGGUCACAGACCCCCGGGCGACCCGGCCUAUCACAACGAAUAUCAUCAUUACCCGGCCCAAUACUACGGCCAUUUGUAGUACCGUAAAUUACAAUCUGAAUUCUAGUACUCGUGUUUCAUUACAAUGAUUGAUAACAAUCUGGUUGACUGAUGUAUAUUUUUUUCACUGGUCGCUAUUAUUAUUUUAUUUUAUUUAUUAUUAUUAUUAUUAUUAUUAUUACUAU